GGGGCUUCCGUCCGAGUGGGGGCAUAAACUACAUGACAGACUGUUGAACCUCAAGCUAAAACCAGGGACACCGAAAUGGACUGAAGUUUUGUUUCCCUUUUAAGCCAGCUGACCGACAUCUGCAGGGAACCAGGCUGGGGUGUGAAAAAAAUGUGAAUCUUUUUUUUGUUGUCGCAUGAUGAUUGGUGGUGCACUGUCUGAUCUGUUUUAAUUUUGGUCUUGAAGUUGUUUUCCAGCGAUUUUUAGAUGGAGUAUCAGCCCAUUAUGAGCCAGCAGAACAGCAACUACGGAAUAUCCAACCCCGGUUAUACCCUGGCAGCGGGGGGGCGGCCAGGUAACUUGAGGCUUGUGUCAGCGCGGCGGCGGCUGGAGCUGCGCGUCUCAUCGAUCCAAGUCAGGUUUUCAUUUGGGACCGAGCCAUUGUCUGUGAUGCUUUAGUGUACAACUGUUGCUGUGAAACCCUGUCAGAAUGGAUGUUAACACGGAGGGGCAGGCAAUGUUCGCCCCACCCGCCGCUGCUGGUGCCGCUGCCGACGGCCCCAGCGCUCCUCCGGCCGGCGUGUUUGACAGCAUGCCUGGCUACGAAGGAACACUGGCAGGAGGAGGAGGUGGAUUUCUGCCCCCUCCCAUGCCCGCUUGCCCAGUUGUCCCUCCUGAGCCUGGACCUGAACAACCACAUUGGAAUAUCCCUUCUAUAACUGAAGACACUGCUCGGGAGGCGUUAGUGCUGUUCGCCUCCAGCAAGUGUUGCUACAGUUCAGCACCGGCAAAGGAUGGCCUGAUCACCAACAUGGAGGCUUUCAAUACAUACAGGUACCGCCUGGAAACCUUCACUGAAACAAGAUCUACAGAGUGGAGUCACGAGCCAUAUAAGGGUCAGCCAGUGGAUGCCUUCGCCCAACCACCUCCAGGGCCUUGGGAUAUUCCAGCUAAAAUCCCGAGUUUUUUUCUGGAUGACAAACAGACUAUCAAGGUUCCCUACACAUCAUCUAUGAAGAGCUGCCACAUUUGUUUGGGAAUGGGGCGAAAACCUUGCAAAGACUGUGCCGGCGCUGGUAAUAAAGUUUGUUGGGUGUGCAAUGGAUCUGGUUUCCGCCACGGAGAUGAUCGAUGCCACCAAUGCAAUGGAAGAGGAAGGGACAACUGCAGCCACUGUCAUGGGCAAGGAUCAAAACAAUGUGACGUGUGUCAGGGAAAACAGCAGCUUCUGGUUUACAUCAACCUCACUGUGAAAUGGACCAACAACUGUGACAGUUAUGUUGUUGAACAAUUGAGCGGACUGCAGGUGAACAACCUCAGCACAGUGUCUGGCAAGGAGCUUUUCAGAGACUCUCAGUACAUGGUAUACCCAGUGAUGGGCUUCCCAGACCCUGCAGUGGUGAAUAAUGCACAGCGCCUGGUCAAUGAACACCAGGGCAAGUACUCCCAGACAUCACGCAUUCUACAGCAGCGUCAAACCAUAGAGCUGAUCCCUGUAACCAAGGUGACCUACUUGUGGAAAGGGAAAUCAAACAUAUACUUUGUUUACGGAAAUGAAUUCAAAGUGAAUGCAGAUAACUAUCCCGCUACCUGUUGCUGCUGUACUGUAAUGUGAUUGCAGUGGCUGCGUAUGAAGUUGCUUACCUUCCAAACCAGUGGACAUCUGAUUAUGUUACUGACACAUCAGUUCUACUGCAUAAUGGAGCAUUCCCUGCCAUGUCGGCAGUAAUGACAUUGUUUAAGUUUGUCAUUAAACAGAUUAAACGCAGCGGCAUUUAACCAUGAAGCUCCUACAAAGCAGUAGAACCGCUGUUGCUUCUUGAAUAAGCAGUCUUAAAGGCUACACAGAAAGUCGAUUUACUCGUGACAAACUAUCACAACAUAACUAAGAAAGUCAUAUUGUUAUGGGCAAUUUGUAUGCAUGCAUGCAUCUUAGAAAAAAAAGGUUACUGGUAGUAAUUCAAGUUAAUCUGAACCACAUUCCCUGAUAUCCGAACCUUAUUAUUCUUCUAUGACAUCAGUGAUAUUUUAUUAUAGUCAGAAUAACCAGCUAUUUCAUACAAAAUAUAUUUUUUGUUGCACCUCUAUUUUAUGUUAUCAAAUUAACAUUUCAUCCUGACCCGUUCGCUUUUAAGGUAACUUUAAUUAUUUUUGAUACGAAUGUUAAUUUUGUAUUAAAUGUGUAUGAUCACGCACUAUUAAACAUUUGUAAUCGCUUUGCAAUGAUUCAGCCAUUGGAAUAAACGUUCUUUCACAUCA